UAUAAAAUUCAGAAAAUGCCAAAUCCCAACUCUCAGCAUAGAAUCGUAGAUUUGAACUAGAGAGCGAGAGCGAGAGCGACAAUCUGCGAUUUGAGAGAGAGAAAAAUGGACGGGCCUCCGGUGAACGAUGAAUGCUCGAUAUGCCAGCAGAACUUCCAAAUUUCUUGUCAAGCCAAUUGCGGCCAUUGGUUCUGUGGAAGAUGUAUCUUACAAGUUUGGGAUUUCGGUCAUGCUCUUCGCCCAUGCAAAUGUCCGCUGUGUAGACGUGAGAUUACAUUGUUGGUUCCUAGUGAGGCACACCGUACGGCUGAUGGAGCUGAGAUUUUGCUGAGGAUUGAACAUUACAACCGUCAAUUUGGUGCACAGCCCAAUAGUCUCAUGCAGAGAAUGCAAGACCUUCCUUUUCUUCUUAGGAGAUUGUCACGGGAUAUAAUGGAUCCUCAAAGAGCGCUUCCACUUGUUGAGAGAGCACGUGUUUAUUUGGCAAUGAUUCUUAGUGCUAUGUAUGUCGUUAGCCCUGUCGACAUCAUCCCCGAAGCACUGCUAGGUAUCAUUGGUUUGCUGGAUGAUCUGAUUGUCAUAUUCAUGUGCUUCUUGUAUGUUGCUGCCCUUUACCGAACUGUUCUCGUUUCUAGGCAUGGAGGUGCUUGAGGAGGAAUCGGAUACCUCACGAAUACUGUACAAGAAAUAGGGGUAAAGCAUCAAUUUCUGUGGAAUAUCGAAGAUCUGAGCUUCGAUUCAAGGAUCAACAUUUUCUUGAUUUUCCCCACAUUCUGUCGUGGGAUGUAGCUCGUUUUCUGAAUUUAUUCUAUCCAGAGAAAAUUACUGUUUUCUUUAUCACGUAGCGUUGAUCAUGAAAGCAAAUGUGCAUAAGUGUAGUGUUUGUUGUGCUUAAUUUAUAUGAAGAUCAUUGGUUUCUUGUUCA